AUGAACGGAUCGGUGAACAACGUCGAGAAGCCGAACAAGUAUUUUGAUAAAAAGGACAAGGCAGACUUUCUCUACCACUUCGGCUUUGGAGUGGACACCCUCGACAUCCCAGCAGUUUUUGGGGAUACCAAGUUCGUGUGCACCGGAGGAUCCCCAGGACGCUUCAAGCUGUACGCAGAAUGGUUCGCCAAGGAGGCUAACAUUCCAUGCUCCGAGAAUCUCUCCCGAUCCGAUCGUUUCGUGAUCUACAAGACUGGCCCGAUUUGCUGGAUUAAUCACGGAAUGGGCACCCCAUCAUUGAGUAUAAUGCUCGUCGAAUCGUUCAAGCUUAUGCACCACGCCGGCGUUAAAAACCCAACAUUCAUCCGGUUGGGCACAUCAGGAGGUAUCGGAGUGCCACCGGGAACCGUCGUCGUGUCGACUGGAGCAAUGAACGCGGAGCUCGGUGACACCUACGUUCAAAUCAUUGCCGGAAAGCGGAUUGAACGACCGACUCAGCUCGACAGUGCCGUCCGAGAGGCUCUUGUUGAGGUUGGAAACGAGAAAAACAUUCCGGUUGAGACCGGAAAGACAAUGUGCGCCGACGACUUCUAUGAGGGACAAAUGCGGCUGGACGGAUACUUCUGUGAUUACGAGGAGGAGGAUAAGUACGCAUUCUUGAGAAAAUUGAACGGAUUGGGAGUCAAAAAUAUCGAAAUGGAAUCGACUUGCUUCGCCAGCUUCACGUGCAGAGCUGGAUUCCCAUCCGCUAUCGUUUGCGUCACUCUUCUUAAUCGUAUGGAUGGAGAUCAGGUCCAAAUUCCAAAGGAGAAGUACAUCGAGUACGAGGCGCGUCCAUUCCAUCUCGUCACCGCCUACAUUCGCAAAGUGACCGGCAUCUGA